AUGGUUUCUUAUGUUUACUUCAUUUCAAGGCAAGCUCGUCAGAAGAAAGAGGCAGUUUCCAUCACAGAGGAUGUACAAACCUUUAAGGAUCCUAAGUCUUAUAUAGGGUCCCAUAAUAAAACUGGAUUACAUGCUCUCUGGCCCAGCUUGAAUGUGGUAGUAGCUUAUCUCAUUCAGGUUUUCAUCAUAACAAGCAACAACAGAAGAAAGUUCGGACUCGUGCCAUUAGCGGGUAAAUGUUCGAGGUCUUCAAGCAUUCAAAAUGUUGAUGAAAAUCAACACACGAUCGAGCCAGAGAUAAUGAUCACCAAAGAAGAACGAGCCGAAAGAGAAAGGGAUAUACGACAAGGAAUGGACCUGGCAACAAUCUUAGAACGCAUUGAGAAGAAUUUUGUAAUAAUUUAUCCACGACUCCCCGAUAACCCUAUUAAAGUCGGAACAAUGAUGUUCAACUUGAUCGAAGCGUGCGCUCUCACAAAAGAAAAGAUUAACUGCAACAUCGUCCUAGCAAUCAUUUUCGGUUGGACGUCGUCCUUUUUCCCCCAGUGUGUGUAUGACAUUUUCGAGGGUCGAUUUGUUGACAAUUAUGUCAGUUAUGGUACCAUACCCGCCGCUUGUCACACGGUGUUGAUUCCAUCUUGCUACUUCGAGGGCCUUAAAUGCUACAAGAGAUCCAACAUCAUGGAAAAAUGCUUGACUUUCUUUGUCAGCAUAGCAACAACUACUUCCCGUAAGGUGGACUCAUUCGGUAAAAGACUUAUAGCAAAUUUAUCGGAGAGCUUCUCACGCCACUUCGCGUGGAAAGAGGUGAAUACUUCUCGUAUAAAAGUUCCAAAGUUGAGUAAUUUUCGGAUUAAGGCCAUAGUAUAA